GCCAGUAUCACAAUCACCGAAAAUACCAACUUCGACGACACCACCGUCCACAAUAACAAUAACCCCAAGAAAACCACCCUUAACAACCCCAAAAAACCUUGCCUGGCAUAAAAAUGGCUGGCCCUCCACUAAGGCGAUAUCUCCGUGAGCCCACUAGUACGAGAUGCCUCGUACUGUCCCCAGCACUGUCCCGAGAACCAGACUCCAAACCAGACUCCACAGUCCAAGCCUCCGAGUCGGGGCGAAAGGGAAAAGGGAAGAGGUCACUCACGCAAGCGGCCCAGAGUGAUGUGCCUCUACCACGCCCACGGGCUUUCCCAACACGAGGAGAACGGGCUCGCUUCCCCCCGCGACGCGAGGAAGCGGCGGCAGAAGCUUUCGUGCAGCUCUUUGGCGAGCAGCCAGCAGUCUCUCCUCCUCUUGAUGAUGACCAAGCCACCGAGGUCAACAGCGAGGUUGCAUUCCUGGAGGCUCAGGAGCCGGAGAUUGACUUGAGCGUCGAUCAAAGACAUUGGUACGUGAUAGCCCGAGAGCACGCUGCUCUCGAGGGUCGAAUCAUGACCGAUAAUCUUUUGCGUGCCGGCGAGAGAGCCUACGCGGAGCUGCUGGGGAGAGUGCCCACCGAGGCGCAGAGCGUGGAGGCAUGGCUGCAUGGCACCCACGGCGCUGGUGAUGCGGAGGUUCGGAGGGCCCGAUAUCAGAUCCUCUAUGACGAGGAACUGCAGGGGGUCGAUUCGGAAGGCACUGUCGAUUGA